GGAGAGACUUGGGAAUAUAAGUAGAGCUCCGAUUUCCAAAAUUCCAAAAUUCCAAAAUCCAGAAUCCAAAGUAUUCUCCUUCUUCACCUAUACUAGCAUUUGAGGUAAACAUAGGUACUUUGAGCAAAAUGAAAUACGUGCAACUGGGAAGCAGCGGUCUUCGCAUCGCCCCCAUUGGCGUGGGAUGCAUGAGUUUUGGGAACGGCGAGGGCCGUUACAAGUGGUCGCUCUUGGAAGACGAAGCGCUGCCAGUGCUGAAUUAUUGCUACGAAUCUGGCCUGAACUUCUUCGACACCGCAAACCUCUAUUCCAGUGGCAAGUCGGAAGAGAUCCUGGGCAAGGCGAUCAAAACAUACGGAUGGCGCCGUGAAAACAUUGUCAUCGCAACCAAACUGUGGGCGCCAGUCGGCCGCGGCUCCGAACAGCCCAUGUCAAUGACAGAUGAUGAAAAGGACAACGCCGGCUAUGUGAAUCAAUACGGAUUGAGUCGAAAGCAUAUCUUCGAGAGCAUCGAAGCCAGCUUGCAGAGACUCGAUCUGCCCUACGUCGACCUGCUGCAGAUCCACCGUUUCGAUCCCCGAACGCCGGUGAAGGAGACCAUGGAGGCGCUUCAUGAUAUUGUGAAGUCCGGCAAGGUGCGCUACCUCGGUGCGUCAUCGAUGUGGGCUCACCAGCUCCUGGAGUAUCAAUACACCGCUCGCAUGCAUGGCUGGACCGAGUUUAUCUCGAUGCAGAAUCUUCACAACGCCAUCUACCGAGAGGAGGAGAGGGAGAUGUAUCCUGCGUGUGCCAAAUUCGGAAUGGGUGGGAUCCCUUGGAGCCCCCUUGCAAUGGGAUUUUUGGCUCGACCCUGGCGUGACUUCUCGAAAACCUCACGCGGAGAGUUCCAAGGCCCUGGUUUCCACGGCCAACAGACUACAGAGACCGACAAGAGAAUCAACGAGCAAGUGGAGCAAAUUGCCCAGCAGCAUGGUGUGUCGAUGGCCAUCGUGGCCAUUGCUUGGUCCCUUUCGAAGCCAUUUAUCACGGCGCCGAUUUUGGGAAUGAACAAGAAGGAGAGAGUGGACGAGGCAGUGAAGGCAAUCUCCUUCAAGCUCAGUCCCGCUGAGUUGAAGAGCAUUGAUGACCUCUUGAGGCCUCUAUCGCGAGUAUUUUGAAAUGGAAACGACCUUGUCGAACUUCUCCUGUAGCAUGACUAGAUUGAAUAUUAUCGAGGCGAUAAAUUAGGGAACUUCUUUUUACGCUACUGUCGAAGCCUCCUUCUCAUUAUUGGUCAGGGCCUUUCCUACGGCUUUAGAUCCCUGGUUAGUGUGAUGCAAGCGGAUGACAUA